AUGAAGAAAGAUCAUCCAUCACAGAGAGGCGAGAGAUAUGAGUAGGGGGAGACUGGUAUUGGAAAGUCAAAAAAAUUAUAUUGUGUAUCUCACAAGUGCAGUGUCGGACGUUUGUCAUACCGUAUUUUAAACAAUGGCACAACCAAGUCAACAGUGGUCUCACAAGGACACAGAGACACUGAUCAGGUGGCGGAUGGACCAUGAAUAUUUAUUCUCUGGCUGGAGGAACACAUGCAGAAAUGGCUGGCAGCAGUUCAUACAUGACACAAUAUUAGACCUAGAUGGACCUAUUACUGCACUCAGAGCAAAAAAGAAAUGGGAAAAUUUAAAAUGCAAAUACAAGGUUUUACAAGCUCUUGCGAAGGAUGUUGCAACGGUAAAACCUGAAUCCUGGCGAUGGUACAGACUCAUGAAAAAGGCUGUAGAUGGGGAUAACACUGACAUCGCUUCUCCCAAACCAACCUUUAUGUCUGACCUAGCAGAUGAUGAGUCUGAAUGUGUAGCUCACCCCAACAAGAACAUGUAUCAGGUGGAAAUGGGAAGUGAUAUUGUAGAAUUACAGACACAUUCAGUAAUAGAGGUCAAAUCUCAAGCAACAGUAGUGGAUGGAGGAACCUCAUCAGAUAUGUCUGAACGUAUGAGUGGGAAGCCGAUGGAAAGGAGCCACUCGGAGAAUCAAGAUGAGCUUGACAUUAAAAGAGCAAAGAUUAGAAGAGAGAGAAAGCUUCUGGAGAAAGAGCAUGUAGAACUGGACAGAGAGAGAGUGCUUCUAGAACAAGAGAGAGCCGCUGCGGAGAGGGAGAAAACAGCAUUGGAGAGAGACAGAAAGGAGCUGGAAAAGGACAGAGCAGCAAUCGACAGAGAGCGAGCAUCACUGGAACAGGACAGAGCAAGACUGGAGCGGGACAGAGCAGCACUGGAAAGAGACCGAGAGACUUUCACUGCCAUGACUUUGGGGAAAAAUGGCAUAGGACACGUUGAAGCACACUCUCCCUAUGUAGAGGACAGGAAAAGAUUAAUAUAUUUGUUUGAACAAUUAAUUGAGAGAUUUUGAGAUUAUUCAUGUACACAGAAAAACAUCAGUGUUGUUGGUUCUAAGGGUACUUUAGCAUUAAGUAUUUAAUAAGUAUUUAAUUUAAAGCGUUUCUCUUUUAUUUAAAGGGGUAGUUCACCAAAAAGAUCAUUCUGUCAUCAUUUAUUAACCUACAUGUACUUACUUCUGUAGGUCACAAAAGGAGAUGCUAGGCAGAAUGGGGCCUACAGCCUCAGUCCUCAUUCAUUGUAUAAAAAAAUAUAUAUAUAUAUUUAUUGCGUUCCUCAGAUGAAAAUUUAAAUGACUGAGUGUUCAUUUUUGGGUGGACUAUCACUGGUAGAUAUGGUUUUGUUUGGAGAAAAUGUGUUCACAGUUGUAUGUAGGGCAUCAGAAGUGUGUAGUUCAUUAACAAUUGAUAAUCAACAAUGUUUAUUCCCACCAUUUUCUGGCUCAUGAGUGCAUAGAGAUUAACGUUACAUUUCGGACAUUCAAAUCGAUCACAUUAAUUGAGUGUCGUACAAAAUCAGUAAAAUGUACUUUCUUUGCUGCUUCCCACCCUCAAAUAUGAGUGGGUGUUUCUUUUUAUGAAGGACAAAGGUUUAUCUUAAAUACAAAUCCUCAUUUUGCAUUAUAGGCCUCAAAGAGCUUAAGUAACUGAAAUAUUUUAUUUUGAUCAAAUUAAUGAUAAUCACAUCUUAAAAAACAAACAUGUUAUAUACUAAAUAUUGAAGGAUUUAUUUAUUGUUUAUUUACGUUGUGUCAACCAUUAACUUUUUUUCCACAUUCUGGUCAGAUGAUUUCAUAUUUCAGAAACCUUUAAUAAUUCACAUAAAUCAAACCAAAACAUUCAAUUAUGCAGUCCCACAAACCCAGAGACAGUCCUGAAUAAACAUUAUUGUAAUUUAAUGCAAACAAGUUACUGAAACUGUAUGCAAAUGCAAAAAUCUGUCCUUUUUUAAGAUUUUGCAAGUCAGCUUUUUUAAGCUACUACUUCCUCGUCCUUCAUGUCUCCUCAAAUGUAUUAGUGCUUAAAUAUAUACAGUAGCCCUAAAAUCUUAAGCUACAUUUAAAAUAAAUAAAUGAAUGUCAUUGUAUUGAUUAGAUAACAAAUUACCAAGGCAAGUGGCUUUCAAUUUUAAAGCAAGAUAGCACAAGGAUAAUUUUUAAAUGAAAAGUUAACCCAAAAAAGAAAACUUUCAUAUACUCACCCUCAUGCCAUGCCAGAUGUGUAUGAUUACUUUCUUCAGCUGAACACAGGUGAAGAUUGUUUUAAAGAAUGUCUCUGCUCUGUUGGUCCUUUCAAUGCAAGCGAAUGGUGGCCCGAAAUGUGAAAGUCCAAAAAGCAGAUAAAAGUAAUCCAUAAGACUCCAGUGGUUAAAUCCAUGUCUUCAGAAGUGAUAUGAUAGGUGUGGGUGAGAAACAGAUCAAUAUUUAAG